CUGUGUGUGUAACACUGGGGUGUUACCUUGACAACUCAGGGCCCUGUCAGCUCAGUUCCUCCCAUCACCUCUGACAGAUAGAUAGCAGGAAGAGAAAGGAUCCGCACCGUCCCUCAGCAAUUAGUCAAGCUACACAGCUGGUACACACACUUGGGACCGGACAAAAUGAUUCCACUGGCAUGGACACUGUUGACAGUAUUGCUGUGGACAUCAGGUUCGAGCCAUAUCCUGCAGCAAGAACCCGUCAACAGACUCUAUCCCAAGAUCCUCAGCACAGAGGAGAUUGUGUGUGACUGCGCUAACAUCGCUAACAUGUCCUGUGACUCUGUCUACUGGUUCCGCAGUAUUUCCAACCACCGCAGAUCAGAGUUCCUAGGCAAAUGUACCAUUGUACGUCCUACAUAUGGGGCUAAUGUGGACAGCACACGAUUCAAAUUCAUCUCGAAGACCCUGUCAUUUACGCUACGCAUCAUCAAUGUGACAGAAGAGGACACAGGGAUUUAUUCUUGUGUUCUCAAGGGCAGGAAAAACAUAGAAAUGUGGAAGCCUGGGACUCUUCUUCUACCGGGAGUGACCCCUCCAACAUUACCUCCUAAGACAAACCCCAAACCACCAGUCAAGUCAGUCUGUCGCUGCUCUAAGAAGAAUUCUUCACAGGGCUGUGGCUCCUUGGUUCUGUGGCCGUUGGUUGGACUUAUUGCGGCCAUCGCUUUAGCUCUCAUCUGCACACUGUACUACUUCAGCCGGCUCCCCAAAAAAUGUCGGCACCACUUUGUGAAGAGGCGAUAGAUGACCCACACUUCUACAUCUACAGCUCAUAUCUGAAUCAAAUAGCUGGAGUGCUUCACCUGAGCUAACGUCCAGAGGAGCACGAAGAACAUGAAGAUCUCCUCCGCUAACAACAUCCUUGUGCUGAUGUCAGUUUUAUUUACAGCAAAAUGUGCACCAGGCAGAGAAGAGUUAUAUAUUUCAAGAACAGCCACCAUGUAAAAUAGUGUUAGGGAGUGUGAACUGGUUGAAGCAGAGGUGCCAGUUCGCCUCCUGGGCACUGCUGAGGUGCCGUUGAGCAAGGCACCAAACCCCUAACACCUUACGGCUCGGGGCGCCUGUCCAUGGGCAGCCCCGUCACUCUAACAUCGCUCCAUUUAAUGCAUGUGUAUAGUUCCUGUUUGCAUAUGUGUGUAUAUUUCGGGCCUGGGUGUGUGUAAUGUGCAUAAAAAGUGAGACAUUUGAAUUUCCCCCAAGAGAUAAAUAAAUUAUGUCUUCUUCUUCUUCUUCUUCUUCUUCUUCUUCUUCUUCUUCUUCUUCUUCUUCUUCUAUUUACUUUAUUUUGUUACAUAUAUUACAAAACAGCUCAAUAGCUUCACCACGUUUAAUUUUUAUAAGCUCUGUGUUGUAACUUCCAAUCUAUAAUACUUUUUGAUUUGUCAAUAUGCAGAUGACAUCAUCAUUUAACCGGGUGUUUUUUUAAUUUCAGCAGAUCUAUGAUCUGUAGCUUUGGGUUUUAGAUUAUUAUUAUUAUUAAACCAAAACCAAACUGCUCAGUAUGUUUUUCUCAAAGCCCACACCUAAUUUGUUUAUUUAUAUACAAAACACAUAAACCUCUAAACAGCUACAUGGAAAUACAAUAUAUGUUUAUUUGCUUUUAGUUAUUUUUUCGGUAUUUAUGGUGUAUUUUUGUCAUUCAUAGUAUUGUCAAGCGUUUUGUUUUGAACUACACUGUAAAGGGGGUUUUCUGUGAGCAUAAUUCUGUUUAAUCAAUAAAAUUGUAUAUUUUCAA